CAUUUGGUUGCUGAAGGUGAUCCUGUUGAGACUGCUUAAGACGGCAUCUGUUGGGACACUCAUGUUGCGGGAGAAUGGGGUCUUUUAUAUCGUCGGCCUACCAGCACAUAUUUCGAAAGCGGGAGACGCAAUGGCUUGACAUUGACGACUUCGACCUUGACGAGCCGGGUGAGCCAAACCAGCUGAUGUUUCAGGCCUUCGAGUGGUACGUGCCUGAUGAUCAGCGACAUUGGCUACGGCUGCGGGCAGCCCUACCAAGUCUCAAGGAAAUCGGAGUGACCAGCAUCCUGCUCCCACCAGGCUGUAAGGCCAUGAGCCCGUCCGGCAAUGGAUAUGAGUUGUAUGACCUUUACGACCUAGGUGAGUUCUAUCAGAAAGGGUCGAGGGCCACCAAAUGGGGAACUAAGGAAGAGCUGGUUGCUCUUGUGACUAAGGCGCAUGAGAUGGAGAUCCGGAUCAUUUGGGAUACGGUGCUUAAUCAUAAGGCUGGAGCUGAUCAUACGGAGAAGUGUAAUGCGGUGAUGGUUCAUCCGAAAGACCGCCGGAAAGUCAUCAGUAAGCCCGUGGAGAUUGAAGCUUGGCUGGGUUUUACCUUUCCUGGCCGGGGGGAACGGUACAGUGAGAUGAAAUAUCAUUGGUACCAUUUUUCAGGAGUCGAUUUUGAUGCCCGUAAUAAGAACAAGGGAAUAUAUAAAAUCUUGGGGCCUGAUAAGAACAAAGACUGGGCGCGGGACGUCAGCAAGGAGAAUGGCAACUACGACUAUUUGAUGUUUUCAAAUCUAGAUUAUUCGAACCCAGAAGUUCGUGAGGACGUCUUCAAGUGGAUUGAAUGGAUGGGUCACCAGCUACCACUUUCAGGCCUAAGGUUGGACGCUGCCAAGCAUGUUUCAUCUGGGUUUUUGAAGGACUUUGUCGCUCACGUUCGGCGAACGGUUGGACCCGGCUGGUUGCUUGUGGCUGAAUAUUGGAAGGCGGAAGUUCGCGAGCUUCUGGAGUAUCUAGGGCGAAUGGAUUACAUUGUCUCUUUAUUUGAUGCGCCAUUAGUCCGCCGGUUUUCAGAUAUUUCCAGAUCAGAAUUCGCAGAUUUGCGUAAGGUUUUUGAGGGGAGUUUGGUUAAAUAUGAGCGGAAACAUGCUGUGACCUUCGUGAUGAACCAUGAUACUCAACCAUCGCAAUCGCUCGAGGAACCGAUAGCAGAUUUCUUCAAACCGCUCGCAUAUGCACUCAUUCUCCUGCGCAAGGAGGGAUACCCGUGUCUUUUCUACGGCGAUCUAUACGGAGUGUGCGGUGGCUGCAAGGGGAUCCUCAAACCCUCCUGCAACGACAAACUAGCAGAUCUAGCGCUCGCUAGAAAUUUAUACGCAUACGGUCGACAGCGAGAUUAUUUUGAUAAAAGGCAUUGUAUUGGAUUCGUCCGUUUCGGUGAUUCGGGACAUCCUGAUGGACUGGCCUGCGUCCUUAGCAAUGGCCCCGCAGCCACGAAGCGCAUGUAUGUAGGAAAAGCGCAUGCGGAUAGUGUCUGGACGGAGAUAUAUGGCUACUGUCGCUCCAGAGUAAAGAUAGAUAGUCGCGGUUAUGGCGUUUUUGGUGUGGUGGCGCGUAACGUGAGUGUCUGGGUUCGGGAAGAUGCGGCAGGCAGGGAGCGUUUUGGGAAGUUUGAUUCGGAUAUCUACUCAUCUCUACAGGGUGACCAUUGA